AAGGAAGAUCGAAGAUUUUUCAUGCAGUAUAAUCCGGCUACUCGAUACCCGGAGGCUGUGAUUAGUGGUUCAAGAUGUGGAAGUUCGUAUCUUUUUGUUCUCUUGUUAUUCUUCUGACAAGUUGUAAUGGUUUGCCUGUUGAAUCGGAAUCAGACAACGUAAGCAAUUUUGAUAACCAAGAAGUACCAACUUUGGCAACAGACUUACUUCCACCACUAGAAAAUGCUGAAGUUGCUGAUUUUAGAAAUUUUAGAACAGAAAAGAAACGAACUAUUUCAAGCGAAUUCGAAUUACCUCGAAGAAUCGUAACUGCUCCAUUCCGUGAUGAAGAUGAAGCCCUAUCAAUUUUCAAAAAAAAAAAGUACUCUUCAAAAGCUUCUGGCAGUGAUGAUGUAAAAGUUCCGCUGUCUUUGGAAUUAGAACCACCGAAAGAAACUACUGAUGUGCCUUUUUAUACUGAUGACAAAGAAAACGCAACUUUGGGUGUAGUUUUCAUCGUCAAUCUGUAUGCUGUGAAAAAUUCUAGUGGAGAAAAUUCAAAAGAAAUAUUGAGUGAUGAAGUAACUUCAAUGGAUCCAUCAAUACUAGAGCCCGUAGCGACUAUUCUGUUGAUACUUGAAGAAGAUGAUGAAAAGAGAGCAUCAGAUCUUGAUGUACUUGCUAAAGAUCUUGAAGACGGUGGAAUGAAAAUAGAAAAAAUUUCAGAGGAUGGUAAAACUAAAAUGAUUAAGAUUAACUUUGAUGAAACUCUCGAAGAUAAUGACGUAGAGUUAGUUAAACCCGGAAAGUUUAAUAAGGUCCGAAGACGACGAACUAUCUGCUCAAGUUGCGGAGGUGGUGGUUUACUCAGUAAAUUGUUAAAUAAACACAAGGGUAAUGGAUGUCAAGGAAACUGUGGAGGUGGUGGUGGAUAUCCCCCUACUCAAACUGUCGGAGUCAUUCCUGUAGUUGUUGUUGAACAACCUCAAUAUAGGCCUCAGCCACAUUAUCAACCACAACCUGUCUAUAGGCCAGCACCUCAGCCACAUUAUCAACCUCAGCCACAUUAUCAACCUCAGCCACAGUAUCAACCUCAGCCACAUUAUCAGCCUCAGCCACAUUAUCAACCCCAGCAAACAUGUAAUACAUGUGGAGGCGGUAAUCAUGGAUCUUACUCCCAAUCAUCUGCACAGGCUUCAGCUCAAUCUUCUUCAGGCAGCUGGUAGAAAAGAGAAUAAUAUAAAAACUUUAAAUGUAUUUCAUAUUAGUAAUUAUGAUAAAUGUUAUUAAAAUUA